AUGGGUGCAAGGAAAAAGCAUACAAAUGUGGUCCUCUUUGGGCAGGGAGGGGCAGGCAAAAGCUCACUCGUCAAUCUCAUAGCUGGAAAGGACGUAGCAGAGACAUCCAGUGACGUGAAACACUGCACGCUGCAGUGGCAAUCAUAUUCCGCCGAAUUCGAUGGCGAUUCUUAUAAUGUGUUCGACACUAUUGGACUCGAGGAACCGCAGCUGGGAAUCCCACAGUACCUCGAUGCUAUCGAGAAUGCCUACAAACUCAUCCAGCAUUUGGAGAGCCAAGGCGGCAUUGAUCUACUUCUAUUCUGCAUGCGCGCAGGCAGACUCACUGCUACGCUUCAAAGCAAUUUCCGGCUCUUUAACGAAUUCCUCUGUGAAAAGAAGGUUCCCGUCGUUAUAGCGAUCACGUACCUCGAAAACGAACUUGGGGAAAUGGAUGCCUGGUGGGAGAGAAACAAAGCAACUUUCCGUCACCAGGAGUUCUAUGUUGCUGGUCACGCGUGCAUCACCGCCAUCAAAGGCAGUCGUCCAGAUCGGCAUGAGCAAUCGCGCACCACGAUUCGCAAAGUUGUCAAGGAGCUCACUGCUGACGGGCAAAAUCAAGCAUGGAAAGGAGGAGACAACCUGUUCGUGUCGUUCGUGCAAAAGCUGAAGGAGCUACUUUUAGGGAAUUCGCGUCCGAAAAAGAUUAUCCCUCGCCUCAUCAAGAGGUGCGGUUUGUCUGCGGACGUCGCAAAGCAAUUGGCUGAUAGGAUUAAGAAAGACGUGGUAGACGGAACGGCCUGA